AUGGCGUCCACAGCAAACCAAGGCAGCUGUCUUUCAGAGGCCAUCAUUUCUUCAUCCAUUUCCAUCACCUCCAGCUUCUCUGAGACCUACGUGAGACCACACAUCCACGCUGCAGGUCUUGUCCCAGUUCUUCCUAUUUCUGACCAUCUGGACGCCUGCCAAGGGGAAGAUAAAACCAUGGCCUCCUCUGCCUCCUUGGCCUCCCUGCUCCUGCUCCUUGUGGCUGUGUCCAUGUCCCAGGCUCAGGUUAAAAUCUUCAACCUCCAUGCCAGUGACCUUCCUUCCGACAUCCUGGGCACCACCGACGGCUUUGUCAAGGUAUUCUGUGGGCCUGCAGCUCUGGGCCAGACAGCAGUGAGGAACAACAACGCCAACCCCUGGUGGGAGGACGAGUUCACGUACUACAAAGCCCAGGAGAAUGACGUGCUGAGGCUGGAGGUGUUCGACAAGGACCUGUUGUUCCACGACCUGCUGGGAGUGUGCCAGCGCCAGCUCAAGGCGGGAACUCACCAACACGACUGCUUCCUGGAGAAAGGAGGCACUCUGCACUACAGCUACACGCUCAACGCUUAG